AGCAAAGGGUCCAAUGAUGUCGGGAAGCAGCUGAUCGCAAUGGCUCGUAAACUCAUCGAUCAAGGCAAGCCUUCUCGAGGCUCUUCAAGUGGUGGUGAUGGCCAUUGGAACUAGAGUGGGUGAUUCAGCUGUAUUGCAGUCGUUGAGCCGUGCUCGUGAAGUAUACAGAGCUAGAAUGAAAGAAAACACUGCAGUUGAUCAGCUGGUUUCUUUGUUUGCUGAGUGGGCAAUAGAUGAAGCCGAGCCGUCAGAAGAUGGAUCAUUACAUGCAACUAGUGUUCCAUCAGUUGCAUCAGAUGCUCAUGGAUCUAUACUUGCUGAAACAGGCAGAAUGCAAUUAUUAGACGCAUUCGCUGAUGGAAGCAGCUUUAUCUGUUUACAGUGUGGGGGUCUUGUUAGUAAGCUUCGCAAAGAAGAGCACUAUGCAUACUGGUGUGGCAAUAUAGUGAGGGGCUGGUACAUGGAAGGUAUUUGCUCACUCUAGACAUCUCUUUCCAGUGCAUGAUCAUGAGACACGUAAUUGCUAUCACUUUUAUGCUGCAUUGUUGAUAUGGGCACAACGGAACUGCAGUCAGUGUACCAUUGACAAUACGUAGC